GCAGGAGUGAUGCUUUCGACCGUGGCCAAUAAACCUGAUGGCACUUUUGACCUGCAAGAGCUGGAGGAACGAAUUAGGGGCUCGAAUAUACAUGAACCAGUAACGGCUAUGGUUGCCGUCGAAAAUACCCAUAAUUACUGCGGAGGAAAGGUCCUGCCUUUGAAAUUUCUUGACGACGUCGGGGCCUUGUGCAAGAAACACUCUCUGGCGCUGCACAUGGACGGCGCGAGGCUGUUCAACGCGUGUGCGCACGCGCAGGAGGAGGCGGCGCGCGUGGUGCGGGACUGCGACUCCGUGUCCGUCUGCUUCAGCAAGGGACUGUCGGCCCCCGUCGGCUCCGCGCUCGUGGGGUCCUACCAUUUCAUCGAGCAGGCCCGGCGCGCGCGCAAGAUGCUGGGCGGCGGCAUGCGGCAGGCCGGCGUGCUGGCGGCCGCGGCGCUGGUCGCGCUGCAUGAGGUGGUGCCGCUGCUCGCCCUGGACCACAAGCGCGCCCAGGUGCUGGCCAAGGUUAUCGAGGGUCUGUUCCUGAAGGCGUUCACCGUGGACGCGCACAACACGCACACGAAUAUCGUGCUCGUGCGCAUCAGUGAGCACGCGCCGCUGACGGCCGACCAGCUCGUGCAGAGGCUGGCACAGGUCUGCCUCGCUGAAACCCAGGGAGACUGCAAGACUCCGAACGACGAAGGCGUGAUCGUAAAAGCUACGGAGUUUAACUCGAAGACUAUUCGAUUCACUCUGCACCGCGAAAUAACAGACGAAGACCUCUGGCUGGCCAUCAUGAAGAUAACUUACGUUUUCAAAGAACUCAGUUCUAAUUUAGAGAACAAAUAAAUAGGGUUGAUGUUAAAAUUAAAAAAACAACGGAACAUUAGUGUUGCCAUCUUUCAAACUGAAAAAAAUUGCAUUCGAAAUAUUAAUUUUUUUUAACAAAAAAAAAUCCUUCUUAGAACGUCUCUCUCUUGAAGUCACGUCGUGCCUUCUUAUUUUCUCGGUCAAAAUGUAUUUUUUUUUAUAAAUAACGUUGGCUGUUAAAAUGAAUAUUAUUAUAGUAAGCACUGAGUAAUAAGCAAUAAAUAUUUUUACUUUAUUUAAUAACAUAAAAAAUAUAAUAAGGCAUCUAUUUACCUACCAUAUACAUGUGUAUGUUAAAUACGCAAGGCCGACCAAAUAUUUUAGAUUAUAGUAUGUAAUUACAAUUUACAAUUAAGCAGGGUAUUUUAAAAUGACAUUUUAAUUGUUAAGUUUAUAGUGUUUAUAUGUUCUAUGUGUUGGUAAAAUUUUCAAUUAUAAUUAUUAUACGUAAGUCGACGAACAUUGUUAAGCAUUUAUAAAUGUCGUGUUGUUAAUCGUUAUGUAAUUGUUAUUUUAACAAUAAAAUGCAUUUUUGA